AUGCCUCACGCAGUCUCGCCCGAGCGCGAACCAAACGCGACACCAGAAGAUGCAACACUUCCAGACGCGCCAGCAUACAACGGCGAGGAAAAGGAAAACGAAGAUGUCGACAUGGCCGAUUCUCCCAAGGCCAAUGCACCGCAGACUACAAAAGGCCUUGACGACAUGUUCGACGACGAUGAUGAUGACGACGAGUUCUCCUCUAGCGCCGCGACACGACCCGAAGACAGCUCCCAACCACAACCGCAAGCACCUUCAGCGAAACGGCCAGUUGUCGAGGAAGAGACCCUCAGACAAUUCUACCAACGAUUAUGUCCCUUCCGACAACUCUUCCAAUGGCUCAAUCACUCAGCAACACCACAGCCAGACUUCCAGAAUCGCGAAUUCUCCUUCUGGCUGCCAGGAAACCGCGUCAUUCGAUACCUGUCCUUCCCCUCUGCAGAUCUGCUGAGGAAACAAGUAGUCCAGAUGUGCCCGGAGCGUUUCGAAAUUGGACCGCAAUACACCAUAAAUCCGAAAGACCGCAAGACGCUGAAGAAGGCAUCGGCGUUCCGGCCUGUCAUGAAAGAGCUCGUCUUCGAUAUCGAUAUGACAGAUUAUGAUCCGAUCCGAACAUGUUGUCAGGGAACUAAGAUCUGUAACAAAUGCUGGCAGUUCAUCGUUAUGGCGAUCAAGGUGGUUGACACAGCAUUGCGGGAGGACUUUGGCUUCCAGCACAUCAUGUGGGUCUACUCGGGACGAAGAGGUGCACACGCGUGGAUCAGUGACAAGAGAGCGCGAGAGAUGGACGAUAGCAAGAGAAAAGCCAUUGCAAACUAUCUCGAAGUGCUUCGCGGCAAUGAGAACGGCAAGAGAAUGGGUCUGCGCAGACCACUACACCCGCAUGUCGACAGAAGCUUGAAGCUCUUGACGCCAUACUUCCAAAACGACGUACUCGCGGAGCAGGACCCCUGGCAAUCAGCUGAGCAAGCCGAGAAGCUACUGAACCUCAUCCCAGACAAGUCACUGGCAGACGCCUUGAAGAAAAAAUGGGACGUCUCAGCAGACCGUACCUCAAGCCAAAAGUGGGCAGACAUCGACGCAUUAGCAGAAGCCGGCAGCCUCUCAACCCUAAACCCCCGACAACUAGUCGAUGUCAAGCAAGACAUCCGCCUGGAAUACACCUACCCCCGCCUCGACGCCGAAGUCUCCAAGAAGCUCAAUCAUUUGCUCAAGUCGCCCUUCGUGGUACAUCCUGGUACAGGACGAGUCUGUGUACCCAUCGACAUUCGAAGACUAGAAGAUUUCGACCCUUUUGAAGUUCCGACUGUCACACAGCUGCUUGACGAGAUCGAUCAAUGGGAGACGAAGCAGGGCGCUGGGAUGAGUGAUGAGGAUAAAGCUAAGGUCCAGGAUUGGCAGAAGACGAGCUUGAAGCCUUAUGUGGAGUAUUUUAGGGGACAUGUUGCUGCUCUGUUGAAAGAGGAGAGUAGAGGGAAGCGGGAGCGGGAAGAUGAUGGGAUGGAGUUCUGA